AUGCCUCUAAAUGAGACCAGUGUAAGUCUAUAUUCGGACGAGCUGGAUGAUGUCAAGGCAUCAUUUCUUGUCCCUGAUAGUACAUACUAUAUAUUGCUGAGCGAGCACAAAGAACGAGAAAAGAAGCUUAGCAGGACCCUAACUGUCCAGUGGGCACUGAUUGGAGUCCUUACCUGUGCUUUAAUUAUCAUUCCCUUCUCACUAAGAUAUGGACGAAAUUAUUGGAUCCCCGAUGAACUAUAUUCUCCUGCACGGGAUGUGAUCCGAUACAAGACUACUGUCUUUGACUCUGGAUUUGAGCGCAAAACCAAGUAUAUGGGCCCACCUACAGAAGAGAAUGAGCAAGCAUGGGAGGACCUCUAUCAAGCCGGUAUCAGCAUAAUACCAAUAGACCAAGCUGCAAAGCUUCCCAACAAGACAGUCCCGAUCCAAGAAGCGCCGGGGUAUUAUGUCGUGCAGCUUGAUGUCUUCCACCAGCUCCACUGCUUGAACCAACUGCGUCUCAAGAUUUGGGGCUCGAACCCUGUCCACAGCGGAGUCGCAGUCAAGAGCAGUACAGACAACAGUACAGACUCAGAUCCUCUGGGGCUCCAGGAAAUGGACCACUUGGACCACUGCGUUGACUCGAUCCGCCAAAGUCUGAUGUGUUCGUCUGAUAUUUCGGCGAUUAUUUGGAUCUGGCAUGAGGAGAGUCAGGCUACGAGACCUCUUGCGAACAGCACCCACACUUGUCGAGAUUUUGAAGCUGUGCGCCAGUGGGCUUUGGACCGCCAGGCUCCGGAGUGGGAUGAGAGCAUCCAUGUUGCUGAUCCGUUGAAGGGCGAGAAUUAA